CUGCUGCUCCUCCUCCUCCUCCAGCGUGUCCCCCCCCCUCCCCGCCGCUCAGACUGUCACUCCGGUUCAGGGCUGUUGGUACAAACACCCUCUUCAAACCUUGUCUCCGCUCACUUCGACAGCGGACGAGGCCGGUAUGUCCGGGCAGCAACAGCAGCAACUGCCGGCGACGGCUCCUCAAGCGCCGGGCAACCCUACCUCCUCGCCGGCUUCGGCCGCGCUUCUACUUCACCCUCCACCUCCGCCGCCGCCACCCCCGGCCACUUCGGCCCCGCCGCCACCCCCUCCGCCGCCGGUUGUAGCGGCAGCGGCAGCAACGACAACAACAGCCGUCGCCACCUCAGCUGGGCCCAUGUCUACCGGGAGCGGUAGUAACGCCCCGGCCCCGUACCCUCACGGUGGCGACCCGGCCCUCAACGAGCAAGAGAAGGAGCUCAAGCGGCGCCUGAAGCGGCUGUACCCGGCCGUGGACGAGCAGGAAACGCCGCUGCCCCGCUCAUGGAGCCCGAAGGACAAAUUUAGCUACAUCGGCCUCUCGCAGAACAACCUGCGCGUCCACUACAAAGGCCAUGGAAAAACACCAAAAGAUGCUGCAUCUGUUCGAGCUACACAUCCCAUACCUGCUGCUUGUGGAAUAUACUAUUUUGAAGUUAAAAUUGUCAGCAAAGGAAGAGAUGGUUAUAUGGGAAUUGGGCUCUCUGCUCAAGGUGUGAAUAUGAACAGACUACCAGGUUGGGAUAAACAUUCAUAUGGUUACCAUGGAGAUGAUGGACACUCAUUUUGUUCCUCUGGAACUGGCCAGCCCUAUGGUCCAACUUUUACAACUGGUGAUGUCAUUGGUUGCUGUGUAAAUCUUAUCAACAAUACCUGCUUCUACACAAAAAAUGGACAUAGUUUGGGUAUCGCAUUCACAGAUCUGCCGCCAAACCUGUACCCUACAGUUGGACUUCAAACACCAGGAGAAGUGGUAGAUGCAAAUUUUGGGCAACAUCCAUUUGUGUUUGAUAUUGAAGACUAUAUGCGUGAAUGGAGAACCAAAAUUCAGGCCCAGAUCGACAGAUUUCCUAUUGGAGAUCGGGAAGGAGAAUGGCAGACAAUGAUCCAAAAGAUGGUUUCCUCUUACUUGGUACAUCAUGGAUACUGUGCAACAGCAGAGGCCUUUGCCAGAUCUACAGAUCAGACUGUACUAGAAGAACUGGCAUCCAUUAAAAACAGACAAAGAAUUCAGAAACUGGUUUUAGCAGGAAGAAUGGGAGAAGCCAUUGAAACAACGCAACAACUUUAUCCAACUUUAUUAGAAAGAAAUCCUAAUCUUUUAUUUGCUUUGAAGGUACGCCAGUUCAUAGAAAUGGUCAAUGGUACAGACAGUGAAGUACGAUGCCUAGGAGGUCACAGUCCAAAAUCUCAAGAUAGUUAUCCUGUUAGUCCUCGAUCAUUUAGUAGUCCCAGUAUGAGCCCCAGCCAUGGGAUCAAUAUUCACAGUCUAGCAACAGGCAAAGGAAGUAGUACACAUUGUUCUGGUUUUGAAAGUAGUUGCAGUAACGGAGUGAUACCAAACAAAAUACAUCAGUCUUACUGUCACAGUAAACAUCAGUCCACCAGCUUGAAUGUACCAGAACUCAAUAAUAUAAAUGUUACACGAUCACAGCAGCUUAAUAGCUACUCUAGGCAGUUAGUUAUCGCUGGCUUCAGUACCCCUAUCUCUCCCUGGUGGGCAAAAAGCAAUGAUGUUGAUAUGGAAACAGAUCAUUACUCCAAUGGGGUUGCAGAGACAUCAUCCAAUGGCUUCUUAAAUGGUAGUUCUAAACAUGAUCAUGAAAUGGAAGACUGUGACACAGAAAUGGAGGUUGAUUCCAGUCAGUUAAGACGCCAACUGUGUGGAGGUAGCCAAGCAGCCAUUGAAAGAAUGAUUCACUUUGGCAGAGAACUGCAAGCUAUGAGUGAACAGUUGAGGAGAGAGUGUGGCAAAAACACAGCAAACAAGAAAAUGCUCAAAGAUGCAUUCAGUUUACUUGCAUACUCAGAUCCCUGGAGCAGUCCAGUAGGAAAUCAGCUGGACCCCAUUCAGAGAGAGCCUGUUUGUUCAGUUCUCAAUAGUGCAAUACUAGAGACACACAAUCUACCAAAGCAACCUCCACUUGCUCUUGCAAUGGGACAGGCUUCACAGUGUCUAGGAUUGAUGGCCCGGUCAGGAAUUGGAUCCUGUGCAUUUGCCACAGUGGAAGAUUACCUACAUUAGCUAUGCAUAUGAAGAUGUCCAAGGUGUAUAAUGUGGCAUAUAUGCAACAUGAAAGUAGACCAGCUCUGCCAACUGGAGUUUGGAUUUUUUUUUAAUUAUGUACUAAGGACAGGUCUGUUGCUUUACAUUGCUUCCUAGUUUACAGCAUGACGCAAAUGAUUUUCUAAACUACUGUUAGGAGAAAUUUUCCAUCUUUGACCAGUUAAAUAUCAUCAGUAACAUCAGAUUGACAAACCCUUGAAUUGUUCCAAAUAAACCAAAAAAAGUUCUGCCUUCUUGGAAGGUGGGGCAAAAUAGAUAAUGUUGUGGAUGUGUUAGUAUGUGGGUGAUGUAAACUUCAAGCUGGAUAAUUUGCCAACUUCCACCCCCAUUAUUACAUAGCUCAAUCAGUGUAAUUUGCAAAAUGCAUAAGUACCUGACAGUUUGGCUGUAUAGUAUUGAUGGGAAGAAAUAUUUUUAAUGUGUACUGUAAAACUUGAAAUACUCAGGAGCUGAGUGAAUAUGUUUGUUGCUACUUACAAUCUCAACCUGUUUCCUAGUGGUUUUUGUUUUAACAUGGUCUUUCAACUCUGUUUCUUGUUUAACUGCAGACAACUUAUGUUGUAGACUCACCUGUUUAACUGUUGUAUUAUAACAGUAUUACAUGUCAACACAGUGUGGUUAUGGCCUAUUUAUAUAAAAACCAAAUAUUUAGUCAAUUUCAGUCUUAAUUUAAUCUUUGUACACCCUGCAUUUUUAAAAGUGCUUAAAUGAGUACUCUAUUGCAAUAAAAUGUAGUGAUAUCAUAAUUAACCAGCCAUUAAAUACUUCUACAUAUGGUAGGAUGGCUUACCUUA